GAUUUUCUGCUUCCCUCGUCGGUCUCCAAGUUCCAUCUCAAUCGUUUCAAGCAUCAAGCCAUGACUGAGUACAAGCUCGUUGUUGUUGGCGGCGGCGGUGUCGGCAAGUCCGCCUUGACCAUCCAGCUCAUCCAAAACCACUUCGUGGACGAGUAUGAUCCCACCAUUGAGGACUCGUACCGCAAGCAGGUCGUCAUCGACGAUGAGACGUGCCUACUCGACAUUCUCGAUACCGCCGGCCAGGAGGAAUACAGCGCCAUGCGCGACCAAUACAUGCGAACUGGCGAGGGCUUCCUGUGCGUGUACGCCAUCACUUCGCGACCAUCGUUUGAGGAAAUCCAUCCUUUCAGGGAGCAAAUUUUGCGAGUUAAGGAUGCCGACGAAGUGCCCAUGAUUCUUGUUGCCAACAAGUGCGAUCUUGAGAGCGAUCGUCAAGUGUCGCACACGGAAGGCCAGGCAACAGCCAAGCAAUUUGGCAUUCCCUUCAUGGAGACUUCUGCAAAGACCCGAACGCGUGUCGAGGACGCCUUCUACACUCUUGUUCGUGAAAUUCGCCGCUUCAAGAAGCGCAACGCUAGCAGCGACACUCCCAAGAAGAAGAAGGCCAAGUGCCUCCUUUUGUAAACGAGGUUUUUUUUUUCUUUGUUUUUUUUGGAGCACGAGACACAUUUGAGCACGAAAACAACCCCAAGUGCUCAGAGCGCCGUGUCCGUGCAGUCACUUUCGUACAUUCCUCGACAAUAAUCGAGCGAUUGUGUGUUUAUUCUUUGUUUUUUUUUGUUUUUAUCAUCCGUCCUUCUUGGCAAACUGCUUUUUUCCUUCCCCACCUUCGUUUCUACGCUUGUUCAGACGGGAAAAGGAAAAGCCAACGUACUUGCUACUUUGUUGUUUGCUUUCUCCUUUCCGAUGAAAGCGAGAAUGUCUACCGUUUCGCAUCCGUGCAUCUUGUUGUUCUAGUUGUUGAAUUUCGCUUUUUUUUUUCUUUUUGGUUUUUGUUGUUGUUGUUUUUUCUACUUCUUCCUUGUUGGCAUUGAUGCCAAAGGGUUGAUGUUGUUGUUAUUUCUUUCGAAUCCGAACAUCGAUUGUUUGAACUA